UCAGAUUCAGUAUGUCUGGGCGCGGGAAGCAAGGAGGCAAAGCUCGGGCCAAGGCCAAGACUCGCUCCUCGCGGGCCGGGCUCCAGUUCCCCGUGGGCCGAGUGCACCGCCUGCUCCGCAAAGGAAACUACUCCGAGCGGGUCGGGGCCGGGGCGCCGGUGUACCUGGCGGCGGUGCUGGAGUACCUGACGGCCGAGAUCCUGGAGCUGGCGGGCAACGCGGCCCGCGACAACAAGAAGACGCGCAUCAUCCCGCGCCACCUGCAGCUGGCCAUCCGCAACGACGAGGAGCUCAAUAAGCUACUGGGUCGCGUGACCAUCGCUCAGGGUGGCGUCCUGCCUAACAUCCAGGCGGUGCUGCUGCCUAAGAAGACCGAGAGCCACCACAAGGCCAAGGGCAAGUGAAAGGUUUAACAGUUCUUCAGUUCCCAUUCCGGAAAUCAAAGGCUCUUUUCAGAGCCACCCACUUUUUCCCAGAAAGCGCUGAAAUACUUUUAAAUGUAGGAAACGUGUUUGAGUCUUAAUGUGUACUUCCGCUUAAAUUUUGCUUUUAUCACGGUUUUGUAUUUAAAAAUGUAAAAACUGCUCUAACCUCUGCCACAGAGUGGCUAAAUUGUUCGUGGGUCACACUUUAUGCACCAUAAAAUCUUAGAAAAAUUCAUGAAACUAUAUUUCUGCUGUUCUCUUUUAACUGAAACAAAAGAUGUAAAACGUUUGUAAACUUACGCAAAGAAUCCCUAUUAAGGAAUUCUGUGUCAGGACAUAAAUUAGGGUUUGUAGGCUAUGGAUUACGUAUAUGUAUGUGAAUGACAUGACCUUAAUGCCUCAUGUUGAGACGUUUUGCGUGUAUGUACACGAUGUAUGUACAUUAUUACAUAUACGUGUAUAGUCAAAUGAGCUUGUCCAAAACCAAAAUAUGAAUAAAACGAGGGAACAAAGGAGGAAAAGUUGACCAAUGACAUGUCAGGGCGGGCUUUUUAAAUUUCGCGGAU